UAGUAAUUUAUAAUGUCUGUUCCUAUUCCUCAAAACCCAGAUCCUGAGCAGUUUCAUGACCUCGAGAAGUUAAGCUCUAUCGUUAACAGCCAGGACAUUCACGGAAGUGAUCGCGAUUCAAUCCAUUCCACAGACCACGAUGAAAUUUCCCGCACUCCCUCUCAACGCCAGAAUAGCCAUAAGUCGCUAGGCACUGCCAUCUCCAGAGUUUUUUCGGCUCGGUCCAAUGCUUCCCUUCAAGAUCCAGGCCCUCCCCCGGACAAAGGCAUCAAGGCCUGGACUCAAGCUUUCAUGGGCCAUCUGGUCGUUUUCAACACUUGGGGAUUGAUCGCAUCCUUUGGCGUCUUCCAGACACAUUAUACCUCGAAUCUUGGACUCAAUCCCUCCGCUGUCUCGUGGAUUGGAUCCAUGCAGAUGCUAGGACAUUUCUUCUUCGGAAUGUUUUCUGGACGUGCGCUGGAUGCUGGGCACUUCCAUUGGGUAGUCAUACCUGGAGUUUUCUUAGCCGCUUUAGGCAUGUUUAUGGCAUCUCUAAGCUCUCAGUAUUACCAAUUCUUCCUUGCGCAAGGCGUACUUACCGGCCUGGGAUGUGGACUCCAAUUCACACCCGCCAUGUCCCUCGUUACAACGUACUUCUCCAAGAAUCGGAGUGUGGCAGUAGCCAUCGUCGCUUCUGGCUCCGCAACUGGAGGAAUGGUUUACCCUUCUAUCGCACGCCAGCUCUUGCCCAAAAUAGGCUUUCCAUGGACCGUACGAGUGAUGGGCUUCCUGAUGCUGGCUGUAGGAGCCUUAUACCUCCUUGGCGUCUUCCUCGUAACCCUGGGGCAAUUCUUUGCAUUCUACUACGUUGGUACUUAUGGCAUAGAUGUCAUCGGAGUGUCUUACAGUACAUCCGUCAACCUCCUCAUGAUCAUGAACGGGCUCGGACUCAUCGGCCGCCUCAUCCCAUCCUAUUUCGCAGACCUCAAGUUUGGACCACACAACACACUCAUCCCGUUCGCGUUCAUCAGCGCAAUUGUCAUUUACUGUUGGUCCGCUGUUCGUACAGUCAACGGACUCUACGCCUUCUCUAUCACAUAUGGUCUCUUUACCGCAGGAUUCCAGGGGCUUUUUCCAUCUACCCUGAGUUCACUGACUAAGGACUUGAGUAAAGUUGGGGUGCGGAACGGUAUGGGGUUUGCAGUCACGGGUAUUGCGACGUUGAUUGGGCCGCCGAUAUCUGGGGCGCUGAUUCAAAGGAAUGGAGGGAUUUAUUUUACGGCGCAGAUGUGGGCUGGUAGUAUGAUUGUGGCGGGCUCCGUCGUUCUUAUUAUUGGUAGGAUUAGUCGGACGGGGUGGGUGCUACGGGCGAGGGUUUAGGUAAAUAUCAUCCCUGGUUCCUGAAUUGAACUAGA